GAAGAUAUAGAGGGAGAAGAAGAGACGUAUGUGACUGAUAUAAAGGCAGAAGAUAUAGAAGGAGAAAAAGAGACGUAUGUGACUGAUAUAAAGGCAGAAGAUAUAGAGGGAGAAGAAGAGACGUAUGUGACUGAUAUAAAGACAGAAGAUACAGAGGGAGAAGAAGAGACGUAUGUGACUGAUAUAAAGGCAGAAGAUAUAGAGGGAGAAGAAGAGACAUAUGUGACUGAUAUAAAGGCAGAAGAUAUAGAGGGAGAAGAAGAGACGUAUGUGACUGAUAUAAAGGCAGAAGAUAUAGAGGGAGAAGAAGAGACAUAUGUGACUGAUAUAAAGGCAGAAGAUAUAGAGGGAGAAGAAGAGACGUAUGUGACUGAUAUAAAGACAGAAGAUACAGAGGGAGAAGAAGAGACGUAUGUGACUGAUAUAAAGGCAGAAGAUAUAGAGGGAGAAGAAGAGACAUAUGUGACUGAUAUAAAGGCAGAAGAUAUAGAGGGAGAAGAAGAGACGUAUGUGACUAAUAUAAAGACAGAAGAUAUAGAGGGAGAAGAAGAGACGUAUGUGACUGAUAUAAAGGCAGAAGAUAUAGAGGGAGAAGAAGAGACAUAUGUGACUGAUAUAAAGGCAGAAGAUACAGAGGGAGAAGACGAGACGUAUGUGACUGAUAUGAAGGCAGAAGAUAUGGAGGGAGAAGAAGAGACGUAUGUGACUGAUAUGAAGGCAGAAGAUAUAGAGGGAGAAGAAGAGACGUAUGUGAGGGGAGAUCAGCAGUGUAAGGAGAAGGAGAUCCCUACAGAUAUCAGCACAGCAGAUGGGCACACAAGCAGGAAUAUCUCAGAAGGACAUCUAAUAUCAUCCCCGGAUUGUGAAAUAAAAGAUGACAGUAGACAGGAUUCUCCAGGAACUAAUCUCAUUACCCCAAUUGUACAUCCAGCUCUAUCAGCUGAUCCCUCUGAUCCUGGGAAAUGUUCUCCUGAUCACUCUGAUAUUGGUGCAUCUGUUACAGCUCUGACAGUAGAUACAGUGUUUCCCUGUUCUAUAGCUGCACCAUGUUUUACACAGAACACAAAGCGUAUUGCACAUCAGCCAGCUAAGGCAGGUGAGAGGCAAUUUCCAUGUUCUGAGUGUGGGAAAUGUUUUGCACCGAAAUCAUUUCUUGUUAUACAUGAGAGAAGUCACACCGGUGAGAAGCUAUUUUCAUGUUCUGAGUGUGGGAAAUGUUUUACAUCCAAAUCAAAUUAUGUCAUACAUCAGAAAACUCACAUAGGUGACAGUCCAUUUACAUGUUCUGAGUGUGGGAAAUGUUUUACACGGAAAUUACAUCUUGUUCAACAUGAGAGAAGUCACACCGGAGAGAAGCCAUUUUCAUGUUCUGAGUGUGGGAAAUGUUUUACACGGAAAUCACAUCUUGUUCAACAUAAGAGAAGUCACACCGGAGAGAAGCCAUUUUCAUGUUCUGAGUGUGGGAAAUGUUUUACACGGAAAUCACAUCUUGUUCAACAUGAGAGAAGUCACACCGGAGAGAAGCCAUUUUCAUGUUCUGAGUGUGGGAAAUGUUUUACAUCCAAAUCAAAUUAUGUCAUACAUCAGAAAACUCACAUAGGUGACAGUCCAUUUACAUGUUCUGAGUGUGGGAAAUGUUUUACACGGAAAUUACAUCUUGUUCAACAUGAGAGAAGUCACACCGGAGAGAAGCCAUUUUCAUGUUCUGAGUGUGGGAAAUGUUUUACACGGAAAUCACAUCUUGUUCAACAUGAGAGAAGUCACACCGGAGAGAAGCCAUUUUCAUGUUCUGAGUGUGGGAAAUGUUUUGCAGUGAAAUCAACUCUUAUCAGACAUGAGAGAAGUCACACCGGAGAGAAGCCAUUAUCAUGUUCUGAGUGUGGGAAAUGUUUUGCACUGAAAUCAACUCUUAUUAGACAUGAGAGAAGUCACACCGGAGAGAAGCCAUUUACAUGUUGUGAGUGUGGGAAAUGUUUUACACGGAAAUCAUUUCUUGUUAUACAUGAGAGAAGUCACACCGGAGAGAAGCCAUUUUCUUGUUCUGAGUGUGGAAAAGGUUUUUCAUACAAGUCAUUUCUUGUUAUACAUGAGAGAAGUCACACUGAAGUGAAGCCAUUUACAUGUUCUGAAUGUGGGAAAUGUUUUUCACUGAAAUCGAAUCUUGUUCAACAUGAGAGAAGUCACACCGGAGAGAAGCCAUUUUCAUGUUCUGAUUGUGGAAAACGUUUUUCACACAAAUCAUGUCUUGUUCAACAUGCGAGAAAUCACACCGGAGAGGGGCCAUUUUCAUGUUCUGAGUGUGGGAAAUGUUUUGCACAGAAAUCAACUCUUGUCAGACAUGAGAGAAGUCACACCGGAGAGAAGCCAUUUACAUGUUCUGAGUGUGGGAAAUGUUUUUCACUGAAAUCGAAUCUUGUUCAACAUGAGAGAAGUCACACUGGAGAGAAGCCAUUUUCUUGUUCUGAGUGUGGAAAAGGUUUUUCACACAAGUCAUAUCUUGUUAUACAUGAGAGAAGUCACACCGGAGUGAAGCCAUUUACAUGUUCUGAGUGUGGGAAAUGUUUUUUACUGAAAUGGAAUCUUGUUCAACAUGAGAGAAGUCACACUGGAGAGAAGCCAUUUUCAUGUUCUGAGUGUGGAAAAGGUUUUUCACUCAAGUCAUAUCUUGUUACACAUGAGAGAAGUCACACUGGAGAGAAGCCAUUUUCAUGUUCUGAGUGUGGGAAAGGGUUUAUACAGAAAUCACAUCUUGUUAGACAUGAGAGAAAUCACACAGGUAAGAGGCCAUUUUCAUGUUCGGAGUGUGGGAAAGGGUUUAUACGGAAAUCACAUCUUGUUCAACAUGAGAGAACUCACAGAGGUGUGAAGCCAUUUGCAUGCUCUGAGUGAUUAAUAAAUCAGCUCUUGUUGGACACAGUAGACAUCACACAGCUGGGGAACCAUUUUAAUCUGGAGUAUACUCAUCUUCACCAUUUCCCUGCAUUGUUCCUUCAGGUUUUAUCCUAUGUCCUGUGUUUUUUUUUUUUUUACAAUAUACAUGCUGCUACUGGUGAAAUAAUAAGACGUCAUGUCCUCCUUUACCUCUACUAUGCAGAUAACCUGUCUUUGCUCCGGGUACUGAAAACAAUACCAAUACUAAAUGUCUAGCUGAGCUCCAGGUGUCGGUGAUGCCAGUUGGCUGUGACUCGGUCCUAGCGAAACAGGUCCAUAUGCUAAUGCACGCCGACCCGCCUGUCUUCUGAUUACUUCCUCCCACUCCUAUCCAAGAUUUUUCACGUGCUGCUCCCUUUCUCUGGAAUUCCCUACCUCUCCCCCUCAGACUGUUACCAGCAGUACCAAGAAUCUGCCGUAUUUCAUUUGUGGUUGAUCUGUUAGCUAUGCAGCCCUGACCAUGGAACCUGCUGCCUCGCACAGUCCAAGAGACCUCCACCCUGGAGACCACAAACAGACUGAUGACUGUUACUCACAUGUUUCAUUAAUGUUCCUUCACUUCCUAAAUAUACAUCCCACAUGCUGAGGUCUUUA